AUGGCCGAGUCCCAGAAUCCUGAGCUGCAGGCCCAGCUGGCGGAGCUCGACCACGAGCUAGAGCAUGGUGCCCGCGAGCAGGAGGGCGACAUUACCCAGAAGGGCUACGACAAGCGCCGCACCCUCUUGCUGUCGCAGUAUCUCGGCGACGGCAAUGCCCAACGCACAUUCUCGAUCCAGUCGGGCGCCCCCAGCCUCGACCAGGGCCGCACCUUCUCCAUCUACAACGACAACCGGACCAGUUCCUUUGCCGACAGUCACAAUCGAGCCGGCUCCUUUGCCGCCUACCAGCCUCCCGCCAUCAGCCUGCCGCCCCAGGACGGCGCGCUGCGGGCCCAGUCGCCCUACAGCCCCAACGGCGGAUACUUGCCCGGCGCAGAUGCCGGCCAGAUGCCGGCGCCCACCCCGGUGGGCCGGUUCCAGGAACGGGAGCUGGGCGUGCGCAACUCCAUGGUGCAACGCCAGUCCUCCUACGCCAAUGACGCCUUCAUUCCUCGCCCGCAGACGCCCGAAAUGUACGGCAAUCCCUCGCGGUCGAGCACCCUGAUGAACUCCGACUUCGCCUUCAACCCCGCCACCCACCCGACAUAUAACGACCAGUCGCCCGGCGGCACCAGCCGCCUGAGCACCAUGCUCGAUUCCCAGCAAGGCUACUUCUCCGACUUUGCCGGCGCCCAGAUGCAGGAUCCGUCUAGGGACAGCUAUGGGGGGCCCAAUCGCUACUCGUCGGGCGAUGCUUUCUCUCCAACCGCCGUCAUUCCCCCGCCCAUGCUGGGCGAGCACGAGCUUCCUCCCCCGAGCGUGGUCGAGUGCCAAUUGCCGCUGGAACCGCGCGAGGUGCCCUUUGCCGUGUACGAUCCGCAUAACGGAAACGUGCCAAUGUCCAAGUUCGAUAACAUCGGAGCCGUGCUCCGCCAUCGCGGGCGCACCAAUGCAAGGCAGGCUGCUUUCUGGGUCCUUGAUUCCAAGGGCAAAGAGACGGCGUCCAUCACCUGGGAAAAGCUGUGCAGCAAGGCAGAGAAGGUCGCACAGGUCAUUCGUGACAAGAGCAAUCUAUACCGAGGAGAUCGCGUUGCCUUGGUCUAUCGAGACAGCGAGAUCAUCGACUUCGCCACUGCGCUGCUGGGCUGCUUUAUUGCCGGCGUCGUAGCCGUCCCCAUGAACAGUGUCGACGACUACAACAGACUCAGUCUGCUUCUCACCACUACUCAGGCCCAUCUGGCGCUGACCACAGACAACAACCUGAAGGCUUUCCAGAGAGACAUCAGCAACUCGCGCCAGAAGUGGCCCACAGGCGUCGAGUGGUGGAAAACGAAUGAAUUUGGCAGUUAUCAUCCGAAGAAGAAAGACGAAGUCCCUCCGUUGCAGGUCCCAGAUCUGGCCUACAUCGAGUUUUCUCGUGCUCCUACCGGAGAUCUGCGCGGCGUUGUGCUCAGCCACCGCACCAUCAUGCACCAGAUGGCUUGCAUCAGCGCCAUAGUCGCUUCCAUCAACAACAGCGAGCAGAAGGAGAAGGCGGACACGUUCAAUCCCAAUCUCCGCGACAGGAACGGCAACUUCAUUGUUCCGAACCAACAAACCAGGAGCACCGGCGGAGAAGUCUUCUUGAGCUACCUGGAUCCCCGUUCCGGGCCCGGCAUGAUUCUGGGCGUCCUCCAUGCCGUGUACGGCGGGCACACGACCGUUUGGAUGGAGCCAAAGACUGUAGAGACUCCGGGCCUGUAUGCGCACCUCAUUUCCAAGUACAGGACGACCAUCAUGGUCGCAGACUACCCCGGUCUGAAGCGGGCGGCAUAUAAUUACCAACAGGACCCCAUGGCGACCAGGAAUUUCAAGAAGAACACCGAACCCAACUUCUCUUCUGUCAAGAUAUGUCUUAUUGACACCUUGACCAUUGAUUGCGAGUUCCACGAAGUCCUGGCCGACCGGUGGCUCCGUCCGAUGCGGAAUCCAAGAGCGCGCGAGCUCGUUGCGCCUAUGCUCUGCCUGCCCGAACACGGUGGCAUGAUCAUUUCAAUCAGGGACUGGCUUGGUGGCGAAGAAAGAAUGGGCUGCCCAUUGAGCAUGGACCCUGAACCCGAAGACGCCGAGGAUGGCAAAGACAAGGCCACCGAGGCGGCGGCUUCCAAUGGCUAUAGCAGCUUGAUUGGCGGUGGCGGUGCAACGGCAAAGAAGUCGCACAAGCAAAAGAGUCGCACGGAGCUGAGCGAGGCCCUUCUUGACAAGGAAGCCCUCAAGACCAACGAGGUCAUCGUUCUCGCCAUGGGCGAAGAGGUGAAGAGAAGAUCCAAUGAGCCCGGCACCAUCCGAGUCGGCGCUUUUGGAUACCCGAUUCCCGACGCAACCAUGGCACUCGUCGAUCCCGAGACGAAUCUUCUGUGCUCCCCUUACCAGAUUGGCGAAAUCUGGGUGGAUUCGCCCUCUCUGUCAGGUGGGUUCUGGGCACUGCCCAAGCACACCGAAAGCAUUUUCCAUGCGCGCCCCUACCGGUUCAUGGAGGGGAACCCCACCCCUGUGCUCGUUGAGCCUGAAUUCUUGCGCACCGGUCUGCUGGGCUGUAUCAUAGAAGGCAAGAUCUUCGUUCUGGGCCUGUACGAGGACAGGAUACGGCAGCGUGUCGAAUGGGUCGAACAUGGCGUGUCAGAAGCGGAGCAUCGCUAUUUCUUCGUGCAACACCUCGUCGUGAGCAUCAUGAAGACGGUGCCGAAGAUAUACGACUGCUCCGCUUUCGACUCUCAUGUCAACAGCGAAUAUCUCCCCAUUGUUCUGGUCGAGACUCAGUCUGCAUCAACAGCCCCAACCACGACAGGCGGCCCGCCACGCCAACUGGAUAUUGCCUUUUUGGAUUCGCUCUCCGAGCGCGUCAUGGACGUCCUUUAUCAAGAGCAUCACCUCCGUGUCUAUUGUGUCAUGACGACUGCUCCCAACACAUUGCCUAGGGUGGUCAAGAACGGACGGAGAGAAAUUGGCAACAUGCUUUGCCGAAAAGCUUUCGAUAGCGGAGAGCUUCCCUGUGUCCACGUCAAGUUUGGUGUUGAGCGAUCUGUCCAGAAUCUCCCUGUUGGAGACGAUCCUGCUGGCGGGAUCUGGUCUGCGCUCUCGACCGCCGCUCGUCAGGACAUGCUCAUGAUGCAAGACAAGCAAUACUCGGGAGUCGACUACCGUGAAGUCGUCAUUGACGACCGUACAUCGACACCGCUCAACCAGUUCAGCAACAUUCACGAUCUUAUGCAAUGGCGCGUAUCAAGACAAGCAGAGGAGUUGGCUUAUUGCACAAUCGACGGUAGAGGAAAAGAGGGCAAGGGCAUCAACUGGCGCAAAUUUGAUUUGAAGGUUGCGGCUGUCGCCAUCUACCUGAAGAACAAGGUCAAGGUCAUCCCUGGCGAUCACCUGGUCCUGAUGUACACGCAUUCCGAGGACUUUGUGUAUGCGAUCCACGCCUGCUUCGUACUCGGCCUGGUGGCAAUUCCGAUGCCGAUUUUGGAUCAAAACCGCCUCGGCGAGGAUGCGCCCGCUCUUCUGCACAUGGUCGCUGAUUAUGGGAUCAAGGCCAUCAUUGUCAACAACGAAGUCGACCAUGUGCUGAAGAUGAAGGCCGUGUCGCAGCACCUCAAACAGACGGCCACCGCCUUGAAGGUCAGCAUGCCCCAUACCUACAACACCUCGAAGCCAUCGAAACAGUCGCAAGGCUGCCGGGAGCUCAACUUGACCAUCCGGCCUGCAUGGGUCCAGACCGGCUAUCCGGUUCUGAUAUGGACGUACUGGACACCUGACCAAAGACGAGUUGCUGUGCAACUAGGCCACGAUACUCUUAUGGCGCUUUGCAAAGUUCAAAAGGAGACUUGCCAGAUGACGAGCACACGACCAGUUCUUGGUUGCGUAAGAAGUACGAUUGGCCUGGGUUUCAUUCACACUUGCCUCAUGGGCAUAUUCUUGGCGGCUCCGACGUAUCUGGUCUCGCCCGUGGACUUUGCGCAAAACCCCAACAUUCUCUUCCAGACUUUGUCGCGGUACAAGAUCAAAGACACAUACGCCACCAGCCAAAUGUUGGAUUUCGCCAUGGGCCACCAUGCUGGGAAGAGCGCUGCUCUGCACGAGCUCAAGAACCUUAUGAUAUCGACCGAUGGUAGACCACGCGUCGAUGUUUACCAGAAAGUGCGCUUGCACUUUGCAGCUGCCGGGCUGGAGAGGACGGCGAUCAACACCAUUUAUUCGCACGUGUUGAACCCCAUGGUUGCCUCUCGUUCAUACAUGUGCAUCGAGCCCAUCGAGCUGUGGCUCGACAUGAACGCUCUCCGCCGGGGCCUCGUUGUCCCCGUUGAUCCUGACACGGAGCCUUUCAGCCUGCUGCUCCAAGAUUCAGGCAUGGUGCCCGUCAGCACGCAGAUCUCCAUUGUCAACCCGGAAACAAACCGUCUUUGCCUGAACGGAGAGUAUGGUGAAAUAUGGGUGCAGUCAGAAGCGAAUGCUCACAGCUUCUACGGCUCGAAGGACAUCUUCGAUCUGGAGAGGUUCAACGGUCGAACCGUUGAUGGCGACCCGAACGUCAGGUACAUGCGUACUGGAGACCUCGGUUUCUUGCAUAACGUGGCAAGGCCCAUUGGCCCAGGAGGCACCAUGGUGGACAUGCAGUGUCUGUUUGUGUUGGGCAGCAUCGGCGAGACCUUCGAGGUCAACGGUUUGAGCCAUUUCCCCAUGGAUAUCGAAUACUCGGUGGAGCGAUGCCAUCGCAACAUCGUUUCGGGAGGCUGUGCCGUGUUCCAAGCAGGCGGCAUGAUCGUCAUCCUCGUGGAGAUCUUCCGCAAGAACUUCCUAGCCUCAAUGGUGCCCGUCAUCGUCAACGCCGUGCUCAACGAGCACCACAUCGUCACGGACAUAGUCGCGUUCGUGUCCAAAGGAGACUUCCCGCGCUCCAGACUGGGCGAAAAGCAGCGGGGCAAAAUCCUCGCGACCUGGGUGACGCGCAAGAUGCGCACCAUCGCGCAAUUCAGCAUCCGCGACCCCGACGGCGCCGACAGCCAGCUGACCGAGGUCGCCGAGGAGAACACGGCGGCGGCGCGCCACAUGAGCCUGAUGCACCAGCAGUCGCAAAACAGCGGCAACGGCAGCAGCAUCAAGCGGCCCAGCAGCCUCCGCAAGGUCACGUCCGCCUCGGCCCUGCCCGACCCGGGCAUGGCGUCGCCCAUGCAGAUCUACCAGCAGCAGCAGCAGCAGGCCGGCUUCGACCUCCAGCCGGGCAUCCAGGAGGUGCCGACGCCGGGCGAGGGCGACGACGUGGCGCGCACGCCCACCAUGGAGCAUCAUCACCACCGACAAGCGUAUCCGCACCUGCAACCCCCCGCGGCCGUCGGCCCGGGAAGCGGCUUGAUGGAGUACUCGCCCGUCGACAUGGCGAGCGUGUGGGAGAGCGGCAGUUACACGCACAGCGGCCAGAAUUCGAUCCAGCAGAGCAGGCGGCCGAGCAUGAUGGGCGAGCAGAUGCUGUAUCAGGGUCAACAACAGCAACAACAGCAGCAACAACAACAGUGGCAAAGACAACCGCAGUACGACCCCUCGUGGCACCAGGAGCAACAGCAACAGCAACAGUAUCAACAGCAGCAAGGCUAUGGCGGCGGCGGCGGCGAGCAAGGAAGCAACAACGAGCAGGACGACGCACCGCAGCCGAGCUACGCGAGCAAGCCUUUCCUGAGCCUGCCGGCCGACAUCGAUGGCGGCGGCGGCGACAGCGGCCGCAUCGGCGGCGGGCUGAGGGUCGCCAAUCGGAGCAGCGUUGAGAGCGACGAGUGGCCGCAGGAGGCCUUGAUGCAUAUGAACUUGAACAACCACUGA